GUCUUACGCAGUCAAACCGUGUUACUACGCGCCAUUCAUGCCAUUCAAUCAACGAGUCGCUCACAGAGCCGAGAAAGAGCUAGGCUAUGGCGCUGAAACAAUGCAGCAUGUGCGAUCGCACAUUCACCAAACUCGAGCAUCUCAAGAGACAUGAAAGAUCACACACCAAAGAGCGCCCAUAUGAGUGCCCAACAUGCAACAAAAGCUUUUCGAGAAGCGACGUUUUGUUCAGACAUUGCAAGGGUCACAACCAGGCUGCGAUGAAUCGCAGAAAAGAGCAUGAGGAGCAAGGCCAUGGAUCACUUCAAGCCAUAGAUGGAGCAAGCCAUACUUCGCAAUUCCACCUCACCAAGCAAAUGGCCGGUCCUACCCCUGCGCCUUCCUUGCAAGGCGGAGACAUUCCUUUGCCAGAAGGCGUGAAUGCUCCGGCAAUCCAUGCAAGCAGCGGACACCGUAUGGAGGCUCUCAUCAAUGCAGCGCAACACCUUGAACCUACCGCAUAUCCAUCGUGGCCGUCACCCAGCUCAAUGCACCCUGACAAUUACCAACUAGCGGGACAUCAUGACAGCAACUUAGGCCCACCGAUUGAUCCGUCUAUGGAAUCACUCUCUUUCACACCAGCUGGAAAUGUUAGCAACUUCGAUCCAUGGACUUUCGAUCUUAUGCAGAGCCAUCAAUCGGUGCUCGCUCAAACCCCGUCCAAUUCUUUGCGAUCAUGGCUCUUCCCACCAGAUAGCAACAUGGACACACCGAACGGAUCUCAUCGUCCAGAGAUGGAGGAGACGCUUUACCAUGAACCUACUUUGAAUGCAAAUAUUGAUCAAGGCAGCCCGUCCGAUGCUAUGUCGAUAGCAUCCAAGAUCCCUCGGGAGCGAUUUGCGAGGGUCGCAAAUUGCUGGCCACCACAGAUAUCAAGGACGACACGCCUGAUGCCCAUCUUGUGGCAAGAUAUUGCAUCACGCGGAUGCCAAAACAUCGUCUCCGAUGACACAGUGCAUAUGGUCGAACAACACCUGUCCCAUGAUGAACGAAGAAACUCGCGAUGGUGCGUAGAUGAAUUCUGCAGGAAGUCUCUUCAAGAUAUACUAGCCCAGGCACAUCUUGUGGACAAUUCACGACUAGACCAUCGGGGAAGUCUAGCCGGCGCCAACAGCAUAGCCGCAGUGGGAAAUAGCUUGCCGUUUCCACCGGCAGAGAUCCUGGAUAUCGCCUUGGAAAUGUACCAAAACUACUUCCAUCCAACACUUCCAAUUGUCCAUGUACCGACGUUCUCCGCUAAGAAAGCUCCUCGGCCACUCCUGCUCUCAAUGUGCCUCGUCGGACUGAGCAUCAUUGGUACGGCAGGAGCUGUAAAGUUUGUCACUCAAAGCUUUCCUAGUUUACUACAACUUGUCUUGUCAGAUCUGCGCUCGUUGCGCUCAAGCGAGGACCCGCCACAGCGGCUCAUGCGUACUAUCGUUACUGGCCUCUUAGCUCUCAACCUUGCCUCUAUCACAGGCAGGAAGAACCGCAUUUCCCUGGCGGAGGAGCUGUACAUCGAGCUGCUCACAGUAUCCCAAAACCAGGGUCUUUUCUCUGUCAACGAUGGCACUGAUGUUGGCACACUACUGAGGUCUUUAGUCGAUGAAGAGCAUAGAUGGAACGCUUGGAUCAACAUCGAAUGCGUCAAAAGGACUACCUACGGUUUGAUUCAGGCAGAUUGCUGGUGGUCAGGGCAUCUGUCAAGCUCACCAAUCAUCCGCCCCGAGCUUGUACAUGUAUAUCCAGUGACAAACCAGAGCUUAUACCAGGCAGAAUCGUCGACAGCGUGGAGUCGCCUAGUUAACAGCGGAACCACAGCACACAUCGACGCCAUCACGCCCUACCCUGAUCUAGCUCCUGCGCCAAACCCGCAAUCCUUGGACUUGGCGUGUAACCAGCUUAGUCUCAUCUCACUCCGGAUGUUGGAAGCUAAUGACAGGCUGGGCGUCAAAAGCGAUCAUCAACAUCUCGAGCCGUGGCGCAUCUUUGCGGAGGACGAACGCAGCCGUGGUAUAGUGCCACUCGUCGUGAGCUUCCGGUCCAUCCAUGACCUGAACUCGAUCGUUCUUUGGCAUAAACUAUGCAUGCGACUCGGCGCCAAUAUGCAACAUUUUGAGCUUGCAGCUGGUCGAGCCGGUGCCGGACCAGCGGCGACUGCCUUGGAACAUAUUUCUACGUGGACGCAAACCUCGACAGCACGACGCUCCAUCCUCCACGCAGCAUAUAUCUACAAGCUGCUCUCGGACCGUAAAGUCUCCGAUAUCGUCCAUCCGCACAGUAUCGUUGCAUUGUUUCACGCCGCAUUGGUCCUUGGGCUCUACGUCUUCACCGUAUCCCCUGCGACUGACUUUGAGCACACUGACAGCGCCAGCUACGAGCUAUCAGAGCCAGUGGACUGGACGAACGUUCAUGACCUGGGCAUGACCAGCGCUAAGCAAUCUUCUAGCGCAACUGAUUUGGACUCAGCAGCUGCACGGUUCAUUCAAAGCGGAGGCUCCAUCAGCAUGGGCAAUGUCACUCUUGAGGGAGGCUAUGCUGCGGCUCGCAAAACCUUGUUGCAUUGUGCCGACCUCAUGGAAGGUAUGGGGCGCUGGAAGAGCAGGACUUUCUCCCAGAUUUUGCACAUCAUGAGUGAUGACCUGACUGAGUUCAAUGGCCUCGAUCACGACGACGGUUGA